CUUGCCCCCAGCUGUGGAACCACUCCUCGUCGUCUGUGGGUCUUGUACACAUGUCUAACUACAAUUACGAUUAUAUCAUCAAGUAUGUCAUUAUCGGAGAUACUGGUGUAGGAAAGUCAUGUCUUUUGCUGCAGUUCACCGACAAGCGAUUUCAACCUGCACACGACUUAACCAUUGGUGUUGAAUUUGGAACUCGUUUUGUCACUGUCGAUGGAAAACAAAUCAAAUUACAGAUUUGGGAUACCGCGGGCCAAGAGUCGUUUCGUAGUAUAACAAGGAGUUACUAUAGAGGUGCUGCUGGUGCUUUGUUGGUUUUUGAUAUCACUAGACGAGAAACGUUCGAUCAUCUUGUAACGUGGCUGGAAGAUGUUCGUAAACAUGCCAAUCCCAAUACAUCCAUCAUGGUUUUGGGCAACAAGAGCGACUUGGAAAGCAAGAGACAAGUUACACGUGAGGAAGCCGAGCGAUUUGCUGGAGAGAAUGAUCUUUUUUACUUGGAAACUUCAGCAAAGGCUGCGAAUAAUGUGGAAGAGGCCUUUGUAAAGACCACUGAAGACAUCUAUAACAAGAUCAAGACUGGAGUGUUCGACGUUUCAAAUCAGUCCAACGGUGUUAAGCUCGGCCCACUUCAGGGAGGCUCAUCAUUACCUGCAACCGGAUCUGCUGGUGGCGGUGGUGGUUGUUGCUAAAGUUUGACCCUCUUCUUCAUACUGCAAGCACAGCCGAUGUACAACUAACAACAAGAAUGAAACAGAAUGAUACUUAAUUAUUGACUUGUUUUUGUUGCUUAUAAUUUCUGUCUGUAGACAUCGUUUUAUUUCUAUCCCAUUGUAAUUCCACAGUAAUACUACGUUUCUCUU